AUGGCCAGAAGCGCUGUCACGACGCCCGCCGCCGCCACCACGAGCAGAGUUAGGAACAAGAAGCUCUCGUACAAGCAGAAGCUAUGCGUGCAGCGUGGCUCGCACCUUCUCAAUGCUGCCAACUCUGUGGUGGCGGGGCCUGAGCCCGAGUUCGAAGGCCACGAGCACGCACAGGAUUCGAACCUCGGCGUAGACUCGUCGGAGAUCUCGGAGCACCACCUGCAGGCGGCGCUCUCGUCGAACCAGCUGGCCACCGCCGACGCCUCUUCCCAAGAUGCGGCUCCCAAGGUCGUGUACAGCAUCCCUACGCCCGAGGCGCGGGGUGUCCUGUCGGCCAAGGAGUUCUCUGAGCUCUACCCCUCGGGCGCCUACCAGGAUCCCGUCACCUACAUCCGAUGGUCCGACACGGUCGAGGACGCCAUCCGCGGUCCCACCUACUGCAUGGACGAAGAUGACCAGGACUGGCUCGACACGCGCAAUUCCAAGGCGCGCGAGGAGCUGGCGCUGGCCAUGAGGAACAUCAAGCCCGGUGCGCAGGGCGCCGGCGGGGCCAAGGGCAAGGGCAAGGAGCGGGUUCGCGAGGACGUGGCCGCCAAGCUCACCCGGGACAACCAGGCAAUGCUGCGGAUCAUGUCCGAGGACCAGUUCGAGAUGAUCGUUACCGUCUUCGAGCAGAUCACGAGCGACCGCGUGCCGUUCCUGCACCUCGACAUGGCCAAGAUGCCCACGCUCGACGAGAUGCUGCCUUCGUUCGAACCCGACUCGGCGCUGUCGAAGCUGGCCCAGCCCGAGCUGCCGCCGUUGCCCUGGGAGGAGUCGUCGACGACGGCGGCCUCGUCAUCCGCCAGCGGCAGCUCUACCGCCACCAGCAGCAACGGCGCCACGACAAGCAGCCGCCGUCAGGCCUCGAAUGCGGCAAGCAGCCCGCAGGCGGACCUGACAGAGUGGAAGCCGGAGAACCCCUACAAGAACCUUGCCGACCUCAAGGCGCUCGCGGGCGUCGUAUACCCAUACUGGAAGAGUAAGAGGGAGGAUCGCGAGGGCAAGGCGGUCGUGGCGAGCCUCAACUUUGACGAGACCAACGACAGCGACCCCUACGUCUGCUUCCGCCGGCGAGAGGUCAAGCAGAUGCGCAAGACUCGCAAGACGGAUGCACUGCACAUCGAGAAGCUGAUCCGGCUGCGUACCGAGCUCGAUCACGCGGCUUCGCUGGUGCAGCUGAUCGCACAGCGCGAGAAGACCAAGCGCGCCUCGCUACGGCAGGGCUCGCAAUGCUGGGAAUCGGCCAGGGCGCUGGUCGACAUCAAGCGGCAGUGGGGCAUCGCCGGUCCGCAUCAGGGGCUCGAGGACGACGAGCUGCUCUCCGGCGAGAGGAGGGACAUCGGCGGGGCCAGCUCGGGCGCGCCAAAGAAGAAGCGCAAGACUGAGGAAGGCUCGACCACGAUCAGGCUGCCGAACCGCAAGUCGCGCAACGGAGAAGGGGAAUCGGGAUCCGCAGGGCCAUCCGGCUCCACCGCGGGUGCCGCUGCUGGCGUCCACGGUAUGGGCUCGGCGAUCCUCGAACGGGUCCACGCCGUCCAGGCCUACAUCGACCGGGAAUGCCUACGGAAGGCGGACGCCGAUCUCGGCUGGGAAGAGGGCAGCGACCUGGCCUUCCAGCCCGUGCCCGCCCCUGCGGCGCUGCGUGCGUUUCGGCCCAUCCACUCCGAGACUUCGGAGGACCGCAGCCCCUUCGCGCCGCUUCCGUCCCGCGUCGGUCGACCGCCCUCUUUUCGCAGACGUGUGGGAAGGGGCGGUCGCGUCUUUCUCGAUCGCCGGCUGCCUACGCCGAGCCCUGUGCCAAGUCACCUCGCUGACUGGCCGCGCUAUGGCGACCGUUCUGGGAACUGGGCCGCACGAGGAUCGACCGGUGCAGGCUCGUCCCAGUCCGAACAGCCAGCCCAGUCCCGUCCAUCCGCGCAGCCGGAGCCGUCGGCAUCGGAAAACUUGCACCAUCAAGCAACACUGAGGGGCCCCUUCGCCUUCACGCCCGACCUGCGUCCCAGCUUGUUGACGUCCUCGCAACGACCUCUGCCAGCAGCCGUCGACGUCGAGGCUGGUACCUCACCUGAGGGACCGUUCGGCGCCCCCGCCGCCACCACCGCCGCCAGCAGCAGCGGCAGUGGCACAAACGGCGCGACCACCGGACCCUUUGCCUUCGCUGCCGGCGUCGACGCUCAGUCACAAGCAUCUGACGCAUCGAGCACCUCGUCAGACUCGACGGACCGCUCCCACUCGAGUCUUAGCUCGAUCGGGGCUGCCAGCACUCAGGCCACCGAGGUCGGCGACAUCGACAUGCUCGGCCUCGAUGGCGUGCUAGACAAGCGCGAGGACGAGUCGGACUCCGAGUCGGAUGGGGAGACCGACACCAUCGCUGCGCCCGGCAACGCCCAAGGCUACAUGGCCGACCAGUGGGCACGCUUCCAGGAGCGAUGGAGGUACGACGAUGAAUCCGGUCGCUGGGCCGGCCUCGGCCUCACCGGUCUGGGAGGUAUGGAGGACGAUGAGGAGGCGGUGCUCGACGACUUCGACCAGAAGUUCAUGCGCUACAGGAUGACCUUGCUGGAGGAGACCGACCUCCUCAAGCUCUCGACCGACCUCACCAAUCUGCAGCACGCUCAAGCCGCGGCCGAAGCGCCCAGCCCGAAGCCGGCUGGCUACGUGCAGCAAUCCGCCUCGACCUCUGCCGGCAGCGCUGCCACUGCCUCACGCUCGACGGGCGGCGCCGGGUCCUCGACAAACCCUGCCAGUGCAGUGACCGUUGCCAACAACAUCAGCGUUGCGAUGCCCUCAGCAGCCCGGACGGCGGCGGUCACCGGCGGUGGCGGCUCCCAGAGCGCCAUUCAGGCACAACAGCUACAAGCUCAACAGCAGCAGCUCCAGCUUGCGAUGCAGCAACAGGCACAGCAGCAACAGGCCGCUCAGGCCGUGGCUGCGGCGCAGCAGUCGGCCGCUGCGCAGCAGGUCCAGCAAAUGCCCUUUGCUCAGCAAUCGGCGCUUCAGCAGGCACAGCUCGCGGCAAUGGCGGCAGCCACGCAGCAGCAGCAGCAACAGCAGCAACAGCAGCAGGCUCAGCAGCGAGGCGGCGCUUCUUCGCCGGUCGCCAAUGCGCAGCAGCGAAGGAUGAGCGGCCUGCAGGUCCAGCAUCAACAGCAGAUGCCCUUCCAGACUCCGGUUCAGGGUCAAGGCCAGCAGCUACAGGGGCAGCAGGCGGCGCAGGUGGCGAUGCAGAUGCAGCUGCCGAUCCAGAUGCAGAUGCAAAUGCAGAUGCAAAUGGCGGCAGCGGCCGCUGCGUCGGGCAUGCCCAACCAGCCCCACCCACUCUCGCAGUCGAUGUCGUUCGACGCUUCCGGCAUCCAGGCGCACCAGGUCCCCCGGUCGAUGCCCGCGGCUGCCGCUGCUCACUCGUCGCCGCUCCAGGCGGCCGGAUUUGUUGUGCCCAGCACGCAACCCUACGGCAACGGCUUGGGCAACGGAGUCAACGGCCUCGUCGGCAGCCCUGCAAUGCACGCGGCGCGGAUGAGCGCGCAGCCGCAGCAGCACGUGGCGCGGACGUCUUCUUCUCCCGUCUCUGCCGCGAACGGUUCGGGCCAGAACGGCGCUCGCCCGACGCCGUCUCCGGUGAUGCAUGCGAGCAUGGCUGUUCCCCAGCAGAUGCAGCGACAGAACACUGGCGGAGCGCCGAACUCGCACGCUGCGGGUCAAGGAGCCCAGGCCAACCAGAUCAAGCACGCCAACGGCUUCCAUGCUCUUCAAGCGCUGCAGCAAGCCCAGCAGGCCCAGCCGUUCGUCGGUCAGGGCGGAACCCCCUCUACGCCUCAGCAAGCCGCCCGGGAAGCUCAGCUGAUGGCGAUGAAGGCUGUACUAGCCCAGAACGCCAACCUUCAGCUUCGUCUGCCGCCCAACCGCGCCCUGCAGAUCGCUCAACAGGCGGCCCAGGCUGCUCUCGGCCAGAGUCAGCAGCUUCAGCAGCAGCAGCAGCACCAGCAAGCGAUCCCUGGAGGGCAGGCCAUGGUCGGGCAGGGCAGCGCUUCGAACCAAGGUUCCCCGAACAUGAUGCGGGCAUCGAGUGCGGGGUCGCCGCGUGCCAAGAACGUCACGACGGCCAACGGCGUGUCCAGCAACUCGUCGCCGUCGCCGCGAGCCGGACAGGCCAGCCGCGCCGGGAUGAUGGCCCAGCAGGCCAUGAACGGCCAGAUGCAGUUCGCGUCGGCGCCCGGCAGCAACCUUCAGCUCUCAGCGAGCCAACAGCAGGCGAUGCAGCAGCAGCAGCAGCAGCAGCAGCAGCAGCAGAUGAAGGCCGGCAACAUGGGUAUGGCCAACCAGCUCGGCAUGGCAGGCUCGCCCAACACCGGCCACGCCAAGGCGCAGCAUGCGGCGACGCCGAACCACGGCUAA